AUGGCGUGGCGGCGGCGGCGGCGGCCCGAGGCCCGCAGCGGGGCCCGCGGCGCGCUGGCGCUGCUAGCGCUGGCCCUGUGUGCGCCCGGGGCCCGGGGCCGGGCGCUCGAGUGGUACUCGGCCGUGGUGAGCACCGAGUACGUGGACCCGCAGACCAACCGGAGCGUGCGGAGCGUCUCGGAGAGCGGCCGCUUCGGCGAGACCUCACCCAAGGAGGGCGCGCGGGGCCUGGUGGGCGUCCCGCGCGCCGAGGACCGCGACCCCGAGGGCUGCGCGCCCCGCACGCGCUUCCUCGUGCCCGGCGGCCGGGGAGCCGCGCCCUGGGUCGCGCUGGUGGCGCGCGGGGGCUGCACCUUCAAGGACAAGGUGUUGGCGGCGGCUCGGCGGAACGCCUCGGCCGUGGUCCUGUACAACGAGGAGCGCCAUGGGAACCUCACCGCGCCUAUGUCCCACGCGGGAACAGGAAAUAUAGUAGUCAUUAUGGUUAGCUACCCCAAAGGAAGAGAAAUUGUGGAUCUGGUGCAGAAAGACAUUCCAGUCACAAUGACCAUAGGGCUCGGCACCCGGCACGUACAGGAGUUCAUCAGCGGUCAGUCCGUGGUGUUUGUGGCCAUCGCCUUCAUCACCAUGAUGAUUAUCUCAUUAGCCUGGCUAAUAUUUUACUAUAUACAGCGCUUCCUAUACACUGGCUCACAGUUUGGAAGUCAGAGCCAUAGAAAAGAAACAAAGAAACUUAUUGGGCAGCUUCCUCUUCAUACUGUAAAGCAUGGAGAAAAGGGAAUUGAUGUUGAUGCUGAAAGUUGUGCAGUGUGUAUUGAAAAUUUUAAAGGAAAGGAUGUUAUCAGAAUCCUGCCAUGCAAGCAUAUUUUUCAUAGAAUAUGCAUUGACCCAUGGCUUUUGGAUCACCGAACGUGUCCAAUGUGUAAACUUGAUGUCAUCAAAGCCCUGGGAUAUUGGGGAGAGCUUGAGGACGUGCAGGAGACGCCCGCCCCAGAAUCGCCCCCCGGGGGCGUUUCGACUGCAGAUCUGAGUCUUACUUUACCAGAUGGUGACAGAAGUGACGCGGGCAGCUCAGCACUGCCCACCACCAGCGACUCUGCGCCACCUUGCGAGGCCAGUUUUAAAGAGGAUGCAGGUGAAAACACGGCCUUGCUGGAGACAAGCAGGAGUGACCCUCAGCGUGAAGGACCUGUCUCCUAG